UCAGUUUUAAGCGAAGUAUUUAACCGUUCGGACGUCGUACUUUCCAACAACACAAGUGCAAGAAAAACAACAAUUCCUGAGUGUUAAACGGCUGCAAAUUAAAUAAAUGAGUAGUCCAAAAUAUUUGUAUUUGUAAUAGGUCUUUGCCGAUCUCAUCAUCAUAUACUGAUAAAUUUGAGUCAUAUGUAUGCAUACACAUGCUUGUACAUACAUAUAUUAAGCUAGUAUUCAGACUCAUAUGGUACAUACAUAUAUGUAUGUCAGAGACUGAUAGUUUCGGUGAUAGAGGAAUCUUGUGAAGCUGAAAUUGUUGAUAAGAAAUAUAUGUAAACCCAUAAAUAUACAACGUGAAUCUUGGUUCCGACAUUUUUAAUUUUUUUUAUUAUUAUUGUAUUAUAGAAAUAGAUAAAUUGACUAUCAAAUUAUGAAACAAUACAGACAAUAUAUGGUACAAUUAGUGGGUUGCAAGUGUUAAAACUUAUAAACAUUAGUACAGAAAUGGACUUUUAAUGUGAAGUAAUAACAUUGUUGAUUAGCUUUUGUGCUUUGCAUUAUUAUAUUAUAAGUAUAUUAAUUAUGACAACGGAAACGCUUAAGCCCUUUCUAUCAACGUCCCGCCGAGUGGAUAGCGUUACUACAAUGCGCUUGAGCACCACAUCACAUUGUCAACAAGGCUUCAACUUUAAGCGGAUAAUUUUCGGCACAUUUGCUGUGGUUUUACUUUUAUGUUUGUUUGGUUUUAUGUAUGUUCACUUUCGGCGUAUUUCUCAAAUUGAAACGAAUGUUCAACAUUUGACGAAAAAAAUAUUGAAAAUGCAAGCACGACUGGGCCUGACGAAUUUGAACGAUUCGGGCGAUUAUGGAAAUGAGUACGAUACCAUAAUUAUUGAUCAACCAAAAAUAUCACGAAAUGGUGGAGAAAAAUUGAGCCAAGGAGAUGAACAAUAUACAGUGGACGCUGAUUAUUACGAAAAUGAAUUUGAUUAUACUGAGUUUAGAAACCAGUUACCCGUUAUGAACUAUGACGAGGAUGAAGAUGAUGAACCAAAAAAUUACAUUAUUAAUGACGAUUCUAAAGGAAACGAAGAUGAAGAUGAUGAAAACGUAAUAGAAAUAUCAGAUGAUGGCGAUUUAUAUGAAGAUUUUUCCAAAUUCAAUGCCUCACGAAAAAAUAACACAAGUGCGCGUAAUCCGCGUGCCAUUGAAUCAAAACUAUUUAGCAAAGACGAUCAGAAUUCUAAAAUCAUAGGCUUAAGAAAAAGUGCUGAUGAAUCUUUGGAUGCCCUUAAUCACCCUAAGAAUAUGGUGAUACUUAGACUGCCACCUUUACGUAAAGAGUUAUCAGAUGGUAAACAUGAAGAAAAUAUUUCACCAAUGGAACAAAAAACUUCAAAACAAUCUCAAAGGAGAGGAAUGAACCACCGAAGGUAUAAAAAUUCGGUUUUUAAAAAAGCUAAGUCCGCGCGUCAAAUAGAAACUGUAGCGAACACUCCCGCCGCACACUUUCAUUUAAACCACAAAAUCCCAGACCGUUUUGCCAGCAUUAGAAUCGAUUCUUUUUCCGGCGAUAUGUAUAUUGGUCAUCCCAGUUGGCCAAAUGAAAUUGACGUCGAUAAGUAUUUCAAAGUGGAAAAUGGCGUAUUAACAGUAUAUGAAACGGGCCUUUAUUACGUGUACGCGCAGGUUUGUUACAACAAUACUCAUGAUCAGAAUGGAUUUGUGAUAUUUCACGGUCAUAAGCCAUUUCUUCAAUGUUUAAAUACUGUACCAACGAACAUGCCCCACAAGAUUCAUACUUGCCACACUAGCGGUCUUAUCUACCUGAAAGAACAUGAAACAAUUCAUUUACGUGAUUUUCAUAGUGAUAGAAAUGCUAUUUUAAAGGAGUCCAAUAAUCGGAGCUAUUUUGGGUUAAUAAAAAUAUAAAAAAUAUACAGAAAUAAUUACAUAAAUACAUAUGUAAUAUAAGGUUACACAUAGAAAUAAAUUUAUAUCUGUACAUACAUACAUAUAUACUUACUUAUAGCUAAUUCUUUUUGAAUUUGGCACUUAAACUGCUACUUAAAGUUUUGUCCAAUUUGAACACGGUUUUGAUUGAUUCUAAAUAAAUUGAUUAAGAUUCUAAAUAAUACAAUUACAAUAA